AUGUCUGAAACUGAAAAAACCGCCGCACAGAUCGCCCGGGAGAAGCGACAGGCCCGAAUCAAGCAAAAGGCUGCCGAGCGAAUGGCCAAAAUCACCGGCACGGUCCGUCCUGAAGGCUUCGAUGACGCAGACAAGGUCGUAGGAAAGGAAAACGAGCCAACAACUGGCAGCCCAAGCGCAGACACCGGCGUCUCUUCAGCAACUGGUGUCACACACUCAGUUGGCGUUGCAAACGCCCCAGCUACCUCCGUUGUCGACUCAGAAGACCCUCCGGACGUGGACAUCUCCGUCGACUCCCACCACCAUCUUCCCGCAGCUCGAAACCGAGAAGAUCCAUUUGGCUCGCUGGCAAUGCAGUCUGCAGGACCCGAUUCAGAUGACCCCUUUGCCGCCAUGCUUCAGCAAAUGCUAGGUGCCCAGGGAGGACAGGGCAUGGGUGGAAUGCCUGGAAUGGGCCAGGGUAUGGGCGGACAGCCCGGAGAAGGCGAACCAGACCUCUCAAAGCUCAUGUCUAUGAUGAUGGGUGGAGAGGGAGCCCCCGGAGGUACAGGGGCCGAGGGUAACCCCUUUGCGGGAAUGGGAGGAUUAGGAAGCAUGAUGGGCGCUCAGGGUGCCCAGGGAGGACCUCAGAUGGCUACACCUUCUUCGUCGCCAAAGAAGAACCUGUUCUGGACCAUUACGCAUGCUCUGACUGCCAUUCUGAUUGGCCUAUACACAGUCGUCAUGUUCGGACACAAGUGGACCCAGUUUGAGCCUUACUUUGAGUCUCUGCAUUCUGUCAAGCCUCUCAUUCUGUUCAUUUCCGUGCAGUUGGUACUCCAAACCGCUCGUCUUGUGCAGGAUAAGGGCCGUCUUCCUCCGGAUUCCAUGCUGUUACAGCUUGCGUCAUUUGUGCCCCAACCCUACCGAGGCUACAUUGAGAGCGGCUCGCGACUUUACAAGACCUUCAAUCUGGCCAAGAGCGAUUUCUUCAUUGUUAUCUUUGUGUACGGCUUGAGCACAGUUAUUUAG